UUUUGGGAGGCCGUGCUGUCUUGUAGGCGUCCUUUUCUCCCUGCUUGGGCUGUGUGGCAUCCGCCCAUCUCAGGUCCCCUUCUGUGCGGUGGGAAUCGAAACUGAUCAGGAUUCGGGGAUGAAUCCACCGAAUCUGUGUCCCCAGUCCAGGGGAUAAGUGGGCAGCUAUUUGUGGCCGCCGGGACACGAUUUGUCUGUUUGCAGGUCUGGCGGGGGACCAGGCAACAGCGGCGGAGGCGACAGUGACGGUGACGGCGACGGCGGCAGUGGCGGUGGUGGGAGAUGCCCGGGUGGCCCACGGAGGUCCAUGUGGCGCUCUAGGUGGGAUGCUGGCAUCCUGAAGGCCGAGGCCCUGGCCCUGCUCCCCUGCGGCCUGGGCAUGGCGUUCUCUCAGUCACACGUGAUGGCGGCGCGGAGGCACCAGCAUGGCCGGCUCAUUAUUGAGGUGGACGAGUACAGUUCCAACCCCACCCAGGCCUUCACCUUCUACAACAUCAACCAGGGCCGCUUUCAGCCACCUCACGUGCAGAUGGUGGACCCAGUGCCUCAUGACGCCCCAAAGCCACCUGGCUACACACGCUUCGUCUGUGUUUCUGACACCCACUCAAGGACAGACCCCAUCCAGAUGCCCUAUGGUGAUGUGCUGAUCCACGCCGGGGACUUCACGGAGCUAGGGCUCCCGAGCGAGGUGAAGAAGUUCAAUGAAUGGCUGGGUAGGUCCUGCACACAGAGCACACCUGGUGCUUGGGAGGACAUGGCUCCUGGAACUGCCCCCUCCUAG